AUGUGAAAGGAAAAGACUCCUAUCAACAUCAUCAUCAGACACAUAGAUUCAGGUAAAUUCACAGCUGCUGGACAUCUGGUCUAUAAGUACGGUGAGAUCAGCAAAAGAAUCCAAGAAUAUGAGGAGGAGGCUGCCAAGAAGAGCAAGUGCUCCUUCAAGUAUGCCUGGGUCUGGGAUAAACUGAAAGCUGGGCAUGAGUGUGGUGUCAUCAUCAACCUUUCUCUGUGGAAAUGUGAGACCAGCACCUGCAGUGUGACUCUCACUGAUGCUCCAGGAUAGACUUUAUCAAAAACAUGUUCAUAGGCGCUCUCAUAUGACUAGGCUGUCCUAAUUGUUGCUGAUUUUAUUGCUGAAUUUGAAGCUGGUAUUUCCAAGUAUGAGCAGACCUGUGGGCAUGCUCCUUGGGCUUACAUUGGUGUGAAUAACAAUUUUGGUGUUAACAACAUGGAUCCCACUGAGCCAAGCUUCUGCCAGAAGAAAUACAAGGAAUUUAAGGAAGUUAGUACCUACAUUAAGAAAAUAGGUUACCUCCCUUACACUGUGGUGUUUGUGCCAAUUUCUGGUUAGAAUAUUGACGACAUAGGGCUGGCGCAAGCUAAUAAGCCUUGGUUCAAAGAUUGGAAAUUUACCUGCAAAUUUGGCAAUGCCUUUGGAACCACAGUGUUUGAAGCCCUAGAUUGCAUCCUCCCUCCAACUAGUCCAAUUGGGAAGCCUUUGUGUUUGCCCCUGCAGGAUGUCUACAGAAGUGGAGAUAUCGAUGUGCCUGUGGGCUGGGUGGAGACUGUUCUCAAACACAAUGUGGUGGUAACCUUUGUUCCAGUUAAUGUCACAACUGAAGUGGUUGCUGAAAUGUACCACAAAGCUUUGAGUGAAACUCUUCCUUGGGGCAGUGUGGCCUUCAGUGUCAAGAGUGCUUUUCACAGCAAAAAUGACCCACCAAUGGAAACAGUUGUUUUCACUGCUCAGGUGAUUAUCCUGAACCAUCCAGGCCAAACCAGUGCUGGCUACAUCUCUGAACUGGAUUAUCACACAGCUCACACUGCCUGCGAGUUUGCUGAGCUGAAGGAAAAGAUUGAUCAUUGUUCUGAUUGCAUCUCUGAGAAAAUGUCAUUCCGAUUCGGUCAGCAUCUCAUCAAGCCCUCUGUGGUGUUUCUCAAAACAGAACUGUCCUUUGCUCUUGUGAAUAGGAAACCUGUGGUACCAGGACAUGUCCUUGUGUGCCCACUGCGGCCGGUGGAGCGCUUCCGGGACCUGCGGCCUGAAGAAGUGGCUGAUUUGUUCCAGGCAACUCAGAGAGUUGGCACAGUGGUGGAAAAGCAUUUCCAAGGGACCUCGCUCACCUUUUCCAUUCAGGAUGGUCCUGAAGCUGGACAGACUGUGAAGCACGUUCAUGUCCACAUUCUUCCCAGGAAGGCUGGAGACUUUCGCAGGAAUGACAGCAUCUAUGAUGAGCUCCAGAAGCAUGACAAGGAGGAGGAGGACUCUCAGGCCUCCUGGAGAUCAGAGGAGGAAAUGGCGGCCGAAGCGGCAGUGCUGCGUGCCUACUUUCAGUGACACAGGCAUGAAAGUAAGCUGAACAUCUCCCAAGGCAUAAGGAAAUGGGCCUCAUUCUUUAAGACACUCCAGCGGCAGAAAGCUCAGCAGACUGUAUGACGUCCAACAGUUCUGCAAACUUGUGCGAAGCAUUUUACUACACUUGUGCGGGCCAUUGGGGUUAUGAUGACAGACGGACGAUCUUCAAAACAACAACACUGACAACCCUCCAGACUUCCCUGGCUAUAUCUGUAGAAUAGAACCUUGUCUAAAUUGUACCUUGGCCUGGAUGCAAAUAAAAU